GGCCUGGGAAUCUGGAGCCUAGGGUUCCGGAAUUCCCUUCUGCGUGAACUUGGACAAGUCACUCUUCCUUUCUGGAUCUCAGUUUCCCUGCUGUCAAAUGGGAGAGUCGUUGGGUCCCUCCCUUCUUUGACAGUCCGGAAGGAGCCUGAGACAGAAAGCUUUGACCUCCAAGCUGUUUUAAAUCUAGUAGAUAAGCCAGAAACUCUGUUGCCACAAGCCUUUGGCCUACAUUUCAGUGGGAAUGCUGCUAGCUUGGAUAUCUGGAACUUUUUAGACACCUGUCUCAGAAUUCCUGGUUGCUGGCCUAAGGACUACUGUAGUGGCCCAAGAGCUGGUCAUUGGUGCAGGAUACCCACACAGCAAAAUGUUUGCAAAACUAAAGAAGAAAAUUGCAGAAGAGACUGCCGUUGCCCAGAGGCCAGGAGGUGCGACUAGGAUCCCACGAUCAGUGAGCAAGGAAUCGGUUGCCUCUAUGGGAGCUGACUCAGGAGAUGACUUUGCUUCUGAUGGAAGCAGCUCCAGAGAAGAUCUUUCAUCCCAGCUUUUGAGAAGGAAUGAACAGAUACGAAAAUUAGAAGCCAGACUUUCUGACUAUGCUGAACAGGUCCGAAACUUGCAGAAGAUAAAAGAGAAGCUUGAAAUUGCAUUAGAAAAACACCAGGAUUCUUCCAUGCGGAAAUUUCAAGAGCAGAAUGAGACGUUCCAAGCCAACAGAGCCAAAAUGGCAGAAGGACUGGCUUUGGCAUUAGCCAGAAAGGACCAGGAAUGGUCAGAAAAAGUGGAUCAGCUUGAAAAGGAGAAAAAGUUUCUGACAGCUCAGUUACAGGAAAUGAAGAACCAGAGUUUGAAUCUUUUCCAAAGGAGAGAUGAAAUGGAUGAAUUAGAAGGUUUCCAGCAGCAGGAGCUAAGUAAAGUAAAGCACAUGCUUUUAAAAAAAGAAGAAAGUUUGGGGAAAAUGGAGCAAGAGUUGGAGGCACGAACAAGAGAACUAAGUCGCACCCAGGAGGAGUUGAUGACCUCCAAUCAGAUGUCAUCAGACUUAAGCCAGAAGCUAGAAGAAUUGCAGAGAUACUACUCAGCGCUGGAAGAGCAGAGAGAUCAUGUGACAGCUUCAAAAACAGGUGCAGAAAAUAAGGUCACAGCCCUGGAGCAAAAGGAACAAGAGCUCCAAGCACUCAUUCAGCAGCUUUCCAUUGACCUGCAAAAGGUCACUGCUGAAACUCAAGAGAAAGAAAAGCGUAUCACACAUUUGCAGGAGAAGGUUGCAUCCUUGGAAAAGAGACUGGAACAGAAUUUAUCAGGGGAAGAACAUGUGCAGGAACUUCUGAAAGAGAAAACACUUGCUGAGCAGAAUUUGGUGGAUACCAGACAGCAGCUCUUGGCAGCCAGAAGCAGCCAGGCGAAAGCCAUUGACAACCUGGAGACUCGGGUCAAAGAACUAGAGCAGAGCCUGCAGGCAUCUGAGGAGAAGCUAAAACAGAGCAGUGAUGUUGUGGCAGCUCAGGAAGCUCAGAUUCGGGAGCUUGCCACCGCAGACCAAGAGAGGAGCCGUGCCCAGCAGCAGGUCCUCGCGCUGGAGCAGCAGUGCACAGAGCGUGUCCAGGCGCUCGAGGCCCAGCUCACUGCCCUGGAGAGAGUGCGGACGGCCACCCAGACAGCCGCGGAGUGGGAGGUGAGAGAGCUGAAGCAAGAAAAUGCAGCCCUUAAAGAAAGUAAGAAUGAAUCUGAACAUUCUUUACAGCGUCACCAACUUGAACUAAAGAAGCUGAAGGAAGAAUGGAGCCAAAGAGAAAUUGUGAGUGUGGCAAUGGCUCAAGCCCUGGAGGAGGUGCGGAAGCAGAGGGAGGAGUUCCAGCAACAGGCUGCUAACCUGACAGCCAUAAUAGAUGAGAAGGAGCAGAGUCUGCAAGAAAAAACUGAAGUGAUUCUCCAGAAAGAGCAGGAGAUUCUCCAGCUGAAGGAAGGUCACGACUGUGCCCUGCUGCAGGCGCGCCAGCUGCGGACUGAGCUGGAGGCCCUGCAGGGCCUGCGGGCCGCGGAGUCUGAGGCUGCCACCACGCGGGAGGACCUGCAGAGGCUGCCGGGCCAGGAGCAGGGCAUGGUGCUCUCCAGCAGCGAGCCUCACGUGGCCCCAAGGGCCAGGCAGGACCCUGUGUACCAGCUUCCAGCUGCAGAGGGAAUGCCCAACGGUGAGAUGGGGGCCAUGGAUCCGAGACAGCUACAGAAGGAAAAACAGGACUUGGAGCAACAACUUCUAGAGAAAAAUAAGACCAUAAAGCAGAUGCAGCAGAGGAUGCUGGAACUCAGAAAGACUCUGCAGAAGGAGCUGAAAAUCAAACCCGAGAAUGAGCUUUUUGAAGUCCGGGAGAAGCCCGGGCCUGAGAUGUCAAACCUGGCCCCUUCUGUCACGAAUAAUGCUGACCUGGCUGAUGCCCGCGAGAUCAACUUUGAGUACCUCAAACACGUGGUUUUGAAAUUCAUGUCCUGUCGUGAAUCUGAGGCUUUUCACCUUAUAAAAGCUGUGUCAGUGUUGCUGAACUUUUCGCAAGAGGAAGAGAAUAUGCUCAAAGAAACCCUGGAGUAUAAGAUGUCAUGGUUUGGGUCCAAGCCAGCUCCCAAGGGCAGCAUCCGGCCAUCCAUCUCCAACCCUCGGAUACCGUGGUCCUAGAUGGAACUACCCAAGGAUGGACCUCCAAGGGCUGACACUUCUUCUGUGGAAAGAACACUGACACACCAGUCUGGGUGGGUUUUUAAUCACUGUAACUGCAGUAUUUUGUACAAGCGUCUAAACAUUGUUUACAAGACUUACAGCCCACUUCCCUGCAGACUGCUAUGAACCUCAGGAGGUAGCUGAUCCUGCUAUUCUGGUCACCAAUCGGGAAGGUCCUGGCACUACCCACAUUUCCACAGUGCUGCUAAAAUCCCCGCUCUGGCCAGCACCCAUCUGCACCUGAAUCCUCUUUCCAUGUUAGCACUUAAAGCUGAAGCCGUCGGCAUGUCAGAGAGGAGCCUACUGACCCAUCUGGUAGUGAGGAUGCUGGAUGUUGACAGCCCUUUGAAAUGGUGCCCAGCAGGCGAAGACCUCCUGCUUCUGUCACGACGAGCCCACUCAGUGGGGCUGGCUUUUACAAACUGUCCUUCCCUGUAAGUAUGUUUGGAUUCAGAUGAGUUAGAAGAGGCUUUUAACCCUUCCUCCCAAGGAGACAUUAUUUCACCUUGUUUCUUAAACCACCUAGAACUUUAGAUGUACUCUAGGGCCAGUGUGGAGUAAUGGAUAUGCAUCUUUCUGACAGCAUCUCAUUUUACUGACGAAAACUAGCAAAUAUAUAAAAAGAUCCUUAGUACCAAAUACACUCAAUUGCCUUUUUAAUGAAUGUACUUGUCUUGGAUAGGUUGCUGGUAAACCAUUUUAAACUAUUUUUUAUAGCUAAAGUUCCUUGCUAUUAUAAACAUGUCUUCUGUAUUAUAAAAUCCAUUCAACUGGUGUUCUUAAAGAAAAAUCAGAGCAUCAGGAGGAAAUUAUUUCUAAGAUUUGGAUCUCUGUCCCUUUGUAAUGUCGCUAGAAUUCUGCGGCAUCUGCUUCUCUCUGAAGCAGUGGUGGUGGUUCAUUUGCUUAGCUCUUCAUUCUAACCCUGAGCAAAUGCUAAUCACAUGUUUUCUACUGCUAAGGACAGUCUGCUGUAUUCAAAGGAAGCAGCAGCUGUCUCUCUCCCCAGCCUUGACCAAAACAUUAGAGGUGGUCUGCCUUGUAUGUGGAGCCACCAUCUCUCCCCUCCCCACAAGUAUUUAAGAUGACACUACAUUCGUGUACGGUGUCCAGCCAGCCCCCAGCUGGCUGCAGUACUUGACAGCAUGCAGAUGGCUCUGGAAGUGACUGAUAAAAACUUGUAUUCAUGAUCAUUAAAGAAAAGGGGACAUGCUUGUCCUGGUUAACCUACAGUAUCGGAUCUAAAGGGAAAUCGUGUAUCGAUUUAUAGUUUGAUGAAAGUUUUACUGGUUAAAUAAAAAACUGAAGUUAAGUAACUGGAGCUCCUAAAUUUAUUAUCAGUUAUCCUAUGUAGUUAUAUUUCCCAGUUAUAUUUAGGGUUAAAAUAUGUAAAAUACAUCUCACAGAAGAACAAGGAUUUGCGGUUAACCUACAACAGGUUCACAGACCUAGAUGUACCAGGCAAGGGCAGCGUCACCCUCACCCCCACACGGGCUCUCUGCCGUCCGCAUGACCCGGUCUCUGUCACCUGCCUCCUUCUGUGGCUCCUCCCUGCAGGUGUCUGACCUGUGUUUAGGAUGCUGGUUUUCCCUUUACCUGGUGGGGACACAAAACGGGGGUCCCUUCUGUUCUGUCAUUUUGAUGAGUAAGACUUAGCUCUUCCAGUUGUUUCAGGAAAGUAUCCCUAAGAUUGGGUAGUUCAGGGGUUGCAGAGACGACUACAACACAGCUGUGGGAGCCCCAUCCAACUCCUCUGUGGCCUCUCCAGCCCGUGAGCUGGUCUCACCCCUCAUCCGUGUCCCCCGGCAGUUUUAGGAAUAGUCGUGGGGCCCGUCACUAAGUAUGUACUUGCACUGGGCGGACUCAUCCUGAUGAGGCUUUCCUCCUGCAUGUUGAAUUUCCUUCAGCUUUACGGGAAAAAGUGGAGUAAAUAUUCCAAGUGAUUUAAUGCACUUUUACUUGUAUAAAAUACUCUGUGAUAAAAGACAGUAUAUAUACCCUUUAUAUGAGCAUUGGAUCUUGAUCUUGCCCUCCUUGUUGUAAAUAGGGAUUGUGUUAUCUAAAACUGCUGUAGAAAAUUCACUUGUGGUGCAAUACUUUUUUGAUUAAAGCUCUUCAAUCCAGA